AUGCCUAAGGUUAAGCGCGGCAAGAAGGACGAUGGCAAGAAGAAGCGCGGCCCCAAGCGUGGUCUCUCUGCUUACAUGUUCUUCGCCAAUGAGCAGCGCGAGAACGUCCGUGCUGAGAACCCCAACAUCACCUUCGGCCAGGUUGGCAAGGUUCUUGGUGAGCGCUGGAAGGCCUUGAACGACAAGCAGCGUGCUCCUUACGAAGCCAAGGCUGCUGCCGACAAGAAACGGUAUGAGGACGAGAAGGCCGCUUUCCAGGCCGAGGAUGACUCUAACUAA